AUGUUUGCAAUAAUUUAUGUAGGAGAUUUUAUGCCAGCUAUUGCAAAAUCAUUCAAAUUAAUGAAUAGAAAAUUGUCACCUGAUUGGCCAAAUACACUUAAACAAGUAAUAGAAAUGCUUUAUUAUUUACUUAGCUGCCGUGAAGGUGCAAUUAUACUAUCUUGUAUAAUAUUCUUCAUUUUAUGCUCACCAAAAAAUGUAACUCAUAUUCGAUAUUUCAGUUGGAUGUCAAUAGUAGCAAUGGGAAUAACCAUGAUAUUAAUAGGUGCAAAGGCCUAUAGAAUAGCUAUAAAUAGUUCAUUUGAUAAUUUUUCUCCGAAAUGGUUUAAUUUCAGUUUUGAAGGGAUAUCAAAUGCUUUAGGGCUUGGAAAUCUUUUAUUAUUUAUAUUUUUUUGUCAUUUUAACAUUAUAGAAGUUGGGAGACAAAUGAAAGACCCAAGUAAACUUAAAAACUUUGUUAUAGUGAGUUUAAUAAUGAUAUAUGCAGUUACAUGUAAUUUUACAAUUGCUCUAGCUGGUUAUAUUGCAUUUGGUGAAGAUGUGAAACCAAAUAUACUUGUUAACUUUCCAACAAAUGAUAAUGAAGCUACUAUCAUUAGAAUAUGUCUUACAAUAUCAAUAUUUAUAUUAAUUCCAUUAUCAGUAUAUCCUAUGAUAGCCUCAUUUAUUAAUAUAUUUAGCAAAGAUUAUACAUUACAAUCUAAGAAUAUAUCUCAAAGUAAAAAUAUAACUUCAUGGUCAAACUCAGAGUUACAAAACUUUUGCGAUUUUGAUUCAUAUACAUCACAAUUAAAUGAUAAUAUAUCAUCCUGUAUGGAAAUACGCUACAUAGAGCUUAAUACAAAUAUUGAAUCUAACAGAGAACAGCAUUAUAGUCAAAUAACAGAAGAAGAAAAUUCAACUUCUAUGCUAGAGCAACCAUAUGCUCCAAAUGUUACUAUAUCUGUAUCUGCUUCAGCUCCACGUUUUACCAAAACUAAGAUAUUUAGAAUAAUUUGCCUUUUCUUUUUACUCUCUUUUGGUGCUUUUAUUGCAACCAGAUUAUCUUCAGUUGCUGUUCUUACCGAAGUUAUAGGGGGAACUAUCGAUGCUAUAUUCAUACUCUGCCUCCCUGCAUAUAUCAGUUAUGUAACUAAAAUAAAUGAACCUCACAUAAUAGUGAUAUUUCUUAUUCUACAAUGGAUUUGUUCUACCUUUAAAGCUAUUAUGAACUUUUUUUCUAGUCACCAUAACCAGCCCUCUAGCUAA